UCUCCGCUAGUAUAACGCGGUCAUACAUUCUGAGUAUUACGAUGAGUUAUAAUUGAAUUCUUAUUUUUGUUAUUUACCGUCAUUUUGUGAAGCUGGCGCUUUAAGUCCGUUGAACCUCACCUUCCAUUGAACAUGCGCGCAGAGGGAGAGAAACAUCCCCAGUGAAAAAACAACAACAAUCAGAAAUUGCGGGGCUGGAAACAGAGAUGACCCGAUGAAAACGCCACACUUUGUAAUUUAGUUCACUGAAACAGGCUCAGCCCUGCUGCUGCUAUUUUAAAUUAGAAACUUUAUAUGUCGGCGGCGACGAGCUCAUGAACCUGGCGAGUCUGAGCGGAGAUGCUGGCGGAAGCCAGCUUCUCUUCGCCAACUUUAACCAGGACAACACGUCCUUGGCUGUUGGCACCAAGUCAGGAUACAAGUUUUUUUCCUUGUCAUCUGUUGACAAAUUGGAGCAGAUAUAUGAAUGUACUGACACAGAGGAUGUGUGUAUCGUGGAGCGUCUCUUCUCCAGCAGCCUGGUGGCCAUCGUGAGCCUGAAGGCGCCCAGGAAGCUCAAAGUCUGUCACUUCAAGAAGGGAACAGAGAUCUGCAACUACUCUUAUUCCAACACCAUCCUGGCUGUGAAGCUAAACAGACAGAGGCUGAUUGUGUGUCUGGAAGAGUCGCUUUACAUUCACAACAUCAGAGACAUGAAAGUGCUGCACACUAUAAGAGAGACGCCUCCUAACCCAUCAGGACUGUGCGCUCUCUCCAUCAGCAAUGAUAACUGUUACCUGGCGUAUCCAGGAAGCGCCACGAUAGGAGAGGUCCAGGUGUUUGACACAGUCAACCUGAGGGCGGCCAACAUGAUUCCAGCUCACGACAGUCCCUUAGCAGCUUUGGCGUUUGAUGCCAGUGGAACCAAGCUGGCCACGGCUUCAGAGAAGGGCACAGUCAUCCGUGUCUUCUCCAUCCCAGAAGGGCAGAAGCUCUUUGAGUUCCGGCGAGGCGUCAAGAGGUGUGUGAGCAUCUGUUCGCUGGCGUUCAGCAUGGAAGGCUUGUAUCUCUCUGCUUCCAGCAACACAGAGACGGUCCACAUCUUCAAAUUAGAGACACAGAAGGAGAAGUAUGUGCCAGCUGAGGAGCCCACAACUUGGGGAGGUUACUUGGGGAAGGUCCUGAUGGCGUCCACAACCUACCUGCCUUCACAGGUCACAGAAAUGUUCACCCAGGGGCGAGCUUUCGCCACCGUUCGCCUGCCCUUCUGCGGCUACAAGAACAUCUGCGCCUUAGCUGUAAUUCAGAAGAUCCCCAGGCUGCUGGUGGCAGCAGCUGAUGGGUACCUGUAUCUGUACAACCUGGACCCUCAGGAGGGCGGUGAAUGCACGCUCAUGAAGCAGCACAGGUUAGACAGCAGUGCAGAGCCUCCCAAUGAGAUCCUUGAGCAGGGGCCGCAUGAUCGCCCCCUUGUGGCCCAAACCUACAGUGCGGCUGUCACUAAAGGUUACUGUGAAGAACAAGGCGCAGUCGGAGGGUCGGGGAUUGAAGAGGACCUGAACGACCUCCGCUUAGAGGAGGAAAACGAGCAACCGCCGCUCAUCCUUGAAACCGACUGACCUAGCCGAUGUCUGAUGCUUUGAGGCUUCCUCUGGUGCUGCUAAACACCAGACACGAGGAGUCGCAGAUCAACAACCUGCCUUUCAGUCUGUCUGUGCGUCAUUCUGUCCACAUACUAGUCGAUUUAUUUUCCUUCCUUCCAUCCUCUUUUCCCCCCUUAGUUUUUUUUUUUUUUUGCCUGUGCAGGCCAAAUUCUGCAGCUUUGCAUGUACAUGUGCCAACUGCUCAGACGACGCUUCAUCGUGAAAAUGAGCCCCCGCCCUGCGAGCGUGCUCCAACAAACGCGCAGGAAUAAAAACAACAAUGUAGCUGUC